UAUAAAUGACAUAUUUAUUAUUUUAUUCAUAUGAUAAAAUUUAAAAUAUAUAUCAAGUAAAUGGUAUAUGAAUUGUUUUUGUCAUUGGCUUAUUAUCUAUAAAAAAUUAGGAUAAAUUGCCAUCAAGAGACUGACGACAAGUAUAGUAUGGUGAACCUUUAGUUUAAAAAUUAGAUAUUAGACUUGAUUUGAUUUAAGUUUUAGCGACACAAAAUAUGGCAAGUCCACGAACUCGAAGAAUUUUAAGUGAACUUAAACCAAAAGAUGAAAACAAUAGGUGUUUUGAAUGUGGAAUUCACAAUCCUCAAUGGGUUUCUGUCACAUAUGGUAUAUGGAUUUGUCUUGAAUGUUCAGGCAAACAUAGAGGACUUGGUGUUCAUUUAUCAUUUGUUCGAUCCAUUUCCAUGGAUAAAUGGAAAGACUUAGAGUUAGAAAAAAUGAGGAUUGGUGGAAAUAAAAAUGCUCGUGAAUUCUUCGAAUCACAGCCUGACUGGAAUGAUAGUAUGUCAAUAACACAAAAGUAUAAUACUAAAGCAGCAGCAUUGUAUAGAGAUAAGAUUGCAUCAUUAGCCCAUGGAGAAAAUUGGAGUCCAACUACAUCUAUAGCUAAGGAUUUUCGACCUUCAAUUUAUUCAGAAAAUCAACAAGAUUAUACUUCAUAUCAAAGUGAUAUAUCAAAUUCUUAUCAAAAUGUUAACUCAAAUAGUUGUAAAUCUCAAACAGAAGCUUUUUUUGCAAGAAAACAAAGUGAAAAUGCUAAUCGUCCAGAUAAUAUUCCACCUAGUCAAGGUGGAAAAUAUGGAGGAUUUGGUUAUCAAAUGGAUCCACCACCCAGAAGUUCAUCACAAGAAUUUUUUGACAGUGCAGUAUCCUCUUUAGCAAGUGGUUGGUCAAUACUUUCUUCAUCAGCAUCAAAAAUAGCAAGCAAAGCUACAGAAAAUGCCAUUAAGACUGGAGAAUUAGCCAUACAGAAGGUACGCGAUGGUACUUUUUGGGACGAAGUUGGAACGCAAGCUAAUAAUAUAGCUGCUAAGGUUGGAGACUUAGGAAGAAGAAGGUGGGGUGAUAUUGGAGGGACAAAUUCAAUUGAACAGAAUCAAUAUAAUUCAAAAGAACACUAUCAAAGUUCUUCCACUACUUACCAAAAUACUGAUGCAGCUCAAUACUAUUCCACUGAAAAAACAUCUUUAAUGAAAACAUCACAAUCUAAAAUCAAUGUAUCAACCGCUAAUUCUUCCAAUUGCGAAUGGGAUUGGGGUAAUGAUGCAAAACAAAGUAAUCAAUUCAUAGAUUCGAAAUCAAUUUCAAAAAAAUCAAAAGAUAAAGAAGAAACGUUAAUCAGUUUUAGUACUGAUAAUCAUGUAUCUAAGUGGGAUUCAAAACUGGAAGAUGAUGCAUGGGAAAUAUUAAAAAAUUAAUUAUUAUUUAUUAAUUAGGGAAUUUUUAUUAAAGUUCAAAACCUUUCAAUAUUUUGUUUAUCUUAGAAAUUUUAAACUCAUAUGAAGUAUUGU